CAAGUUUUGAUGCAAGACUGAGGGAUACACGUCAGGUGGGCAAUAUAGACUUUACCGGAUACCAGCGUAACUGUCCCAGUGGUCUGAAGUGUCAAGCUUCGGCUGAAGACAAAAGCUGAGGAUCGGUUACAGGGCAGUCUACUUAUGUCAGGCCGAAACGGGUCUGCCAGUGAUGCAGACUGUCGGAUCUCAGAGGAAUGCCGUGUCCCAGCUGACAUGGAGCUGAUGGAGCUGGGACCCCUGCUGGAGGAACCAGGGGCCAGGGGGGGCAAAGGUCUCCUAGCAGAGGGGGCACAUGCUCAUGCAGAUGAGGAUGAGGAUGAGGAUGAUGAAGUGGGAGAGGUACUUACUCUGCCCCUGCAGGCUCAUCAUGCUAUGGAAAAGAUGGAGGAGUUUGUACACAAGGUAUGGGAAGGGCGCUGGCGGGUCAUUCCUUUUCAUGUUCUACCAGAGUGGCUGAAGGACAAUGACUACCUCCUGCAUGGACAUCGGCCCCCCAUGCCCUCAUUCCGUGCCUGCUUUGGAAGCAUCUUCAGGAUCCACACAGAAACUGGGAAUAUCUGGACCCACUUGUUGGGACUCAUUCUGUUCCUGUGUCUGGGCACUCUCACCAUGCUGCGGCCCAACAUGUACUUCAUGGCCCCUCUGCAGGAGAAGGUGGUGUUUGGAAUGUUCUUCCUUGGUGCAGUUCUCUGCCUCAGCUUCUCCUGGCUCUUUCACACUGUUUACUGCCACUCCGAGAAAGUGUCACGUACUUUCUCCAAGCUGGACUACUCCGGCAUUGCUCUGCUGAUCAUGGGCUCCUUUGUGCCCUGGCUCUAUUACUCCUUCUACUGCUCCCCUCAGCCCCGCCUCAUCUACCUCACAAUUGUUUGUGUGCUGGGCAUUGCUGCAAUCAUUGUGGCCCAGUGGGACCGCUUCUCCACACCCCGCCACAGGCCCACAAGAGCAGGAGUAUUCAUGGGUCUUGGGCUGAGUGGUAUUGUUCCCACCAUGCACUUCACCAUUGAGGAGGGCUUUGUCAAGGCCACUACAGUAGGACAAAUGGGAUGGUUCUACCUGAUGGGUGCAAUGUACAUCACAGGGGCCGGCCUCUACGCUGCCAGGAUCCCUGAACGGUAUUUCCCUGGCAAGUGUGACAUCUGGUUCCACUCACACCAGAUAUUUCAUGUGCUGGUGGUGGCAGCUGCCUUCAUACAUUUCUAUGGGGUUUCCAACCUGCAGGAGUUCCGCUAUGGGUUAGAGGGAGGUUGCACUGAUGACACUCUGCUCUGAGAAGCCUAAAUCCCCAUUCCUCAAACCCUCAGAGAAGUGCUGUUUGGAAACAGUCACCUGCUCCUCCGAAGCCUUCUCUUCUCUUGAUU